AUGGAUGCGUUAAAUCGCGUGCUCGAUGGCCAGCAUGGCGGACCAGCCGUGACCGGGACCAUCUUGACAUUGGCGAUCGGAUCCGUCUUGACUCUCGUUUUCUACAACUUCGUCUUUGGAACAACAUCACAAGAGCGCGCAGUCGACUUUACCGUCCCAGCCCCUGAAGCGAGUCGUGCUGAUUGGCAGGGCCGACAGCUUGACCCACCGUCCAUCAAGGUGCAAGGCUCGACUGCUAUACAAUGCUACGCACCCGCAACCGGGCAACUUUUGGGCCUCGUCAAUCCAACAACACCUGACGGACUCGAUCGUAUCGUAGCAAAGGCGUCUGCAGCUCAAGCGAAAUGGCGGGAAACCACCUUUUCUCAGCGCCGCCAGGUGCUACAGACCCUUCUCAAGUACAUGCUAGAUCACCAGGAUGAAAUUGUUCGCACAGCAUGUCGUGACAGUGGUAAAACUCGAGUCGAUGCCAUGUUUGGUGAAGUCCUGGUCACUGCCGUAAAGUUACAAUGGACGAUCAAGCAUGGCGAGGCUGCAUUACGCCCCGACCGGAGGCCCACGAAUCUCAUGAUGUUUUACAAACAAAACGAAAUUCACUACGAGCCUCUCGGAGUCAUCGCAGCUUGUGUCAGUUGGAAUUACCCGUUCCAUAAUCUGAUGGGACCCAUCAUCAGCGGACUUUUCGCCGGCAACGCAGUCAUCAUCAAGAACAGUGAGCUCACGGCCUGGUCUUCGGUAUACUUCAUUUCCAUAGUGCAACACGCACUCAAGGCUUGUGGUCAUGACCCAUGCCUCGUCGAAGCGGUCACUUGUUGGCCGCAGACGGCGGAAUAUCUCACCUCGCAUCCAGGAAUCAGUCACUUGACCUUCAUUGGCAGUCGCCCUGUUGCACACGAAGUCGCGAAAAGCGCAUCCAAGGUGCUCACUCCUCUUUGCGUCGAGCUCGGCGGUAAAGAUGCGGCGAUCGUGCUCGAUGGUCCAGAUGGCCGCGCAAUGUCGCAAGGUGAGCUGAAAACAAUUGCUAGUAUGAUCAUGCGAGGUUCAUUCCAAUCCGGUGGCCAAAACUGUGUCGGUAUCGAGCGAGUGGUUGCCAUGCCAGGAGCGUACGAGACACUCGUAAAGCUGUUGGAACCACGAGUCAACGCUCUCCGUAUCGGCGACGAUCUGGAUCCAGAUAGCGACCACAAUCCAGUGGACGUCGGAGCCAUGCAAUGCUCGGGAGCUGCAUUCGAUCGCCUCGAAAAGCUCAUCGCGGAUGCCCAAUCGCAAGGUGCUCGUCUGCUCGCUGGUGGCAAACGUUAUCACAAUCCCAAGUACCCAGCCGGUCAUUACUUCACACCAACUCUGCUCGUCGACGCUACGCCUGAUAUGCGCAUCGCUCAGGAGGAACUCUUCGCCCCAGUCUGCCUUCUCAUGCGAGCCACGGAUUCCAUCAACGCCGUCACCAUCACCAACAGCACCGAAUACGGCCUCGGCUGCAGCGUGUUCGGCCCCACCAACUCACGCGCUGCACGCGCCCAGCUAGCCCAGGUCACGCGCGGCGUGAAUACAGGAAUGGUGGCGGUCAACGACAUCGCUUCGUAUUACGUGGUCCAACUACCGUUCGGCGGCGUGCGCGGCAGCGGCUAUGGCCGAUUCGCCGGCGAUGAGGGUCUGCGCGGGUUGUGCAACGCAAAGAGCGUGUGUAUGGAUCGUUACCCGGCGCUCAUCAAGACGGCUAUCCCGGCUGCGUUGGAUUAUCCCAUGGGGAUCGGAGCGUGGCUGGCGGCGCGGGGGAUUGUGGAGGUGGGAUUUGGGGAGAGCUGGACCAGGCGGGGUACGGGGGUGAGGAGAUUGAUGGGAUUCUGA